CUUACCCAUACACACACACACUCACACAUCCCCUUCAAAACCCCCAUUAUUCUUCACCAUCUCAUUCAAUUCAUACACACACACACACAUCCUUUGUUUCUUUCUUGGGUACUGCCAUGGCUGCCCUCUUUACAGGCUCCCAUGGCCACCAUGAGCUUCCAGAUCCCGAUACGCACUCCAACAUAUGCCGUGUGUGCGGUGACGAGAUUGGCCAAUUAUUUGUUGCUUGUCGCGAAUGCAGGUUCCCAGUGUGUCGCCCUUGUUACAUUUAUGAGCGAAGUGAAGGGAACCAAUGUUGCCCUCAAUGCAACCUUCGCUAUAAGCGUCACAAAGGUUGUCCACGGGUUGUUGGAGAUGAUGAAGAAAGUGAUGAUGGAGAUGAUUUUGAUGAUGAGUUUCAGACCAAGGAUCAUCAAGAAACCCGAGAUCAUAAUCGUGUUGAUAAAUUAUCGGAAAAUGGCGACUCUCAUCCUCCAAAACAAUACAAUACCAACGGCUUUGCUUUCUCCUCUGCCGGAAGCGUUGCCGGAAAGGAUCUUGAUCGUGAUCGAGAUGAUGAAUGGAAAGAUCGAGUCGAGAAAUGGAAAACCCGGCAAGAAAAGAGAGGCCUAGUAACAAAAGCUGACGAUGGUAACGAUCCCGGUGAAGAAGAUGACUAUCUAAUGGCCGAAGCUCGACAACCCUUAUGGCGAAAAGUCCCGAUUUCAUCAAGCUUAAUCAAUCCAUACCGUAUAGUCAUCAUCUUACGUCUCGUGAUCCUCAUCUUCUUCUUCCGUUUUCGAAUCAUGACACCUGCAUAUGAUGCUUACCCUCUAUGGCUCAUCUCAGUCAUAUGUGAAAUCUGGUUUGCUUUAUCAUGGAUACUCGAUCAGUUCCCAAAAUGGUUCCCAAUCAACCGUGAAACCUACCUGGAUCGCCUCUCGUUGCGGUUUGAGCGUGAGGGUGAACCCAGCGGGCUCUUACCGGUUGAUUUCUUUGUGAGUUCGGUUGACCCGCUUAAGGAACCACCCAUCAUCACUGCAAAUACGGUUCUAUCGAUAUUGUCUGUUGAUUAUCCGACUGAGAAAGUGAGUUGUUAUGUAUCGGAUGAUGGUGCUUCUAUGUUGCUUUUUGAUACGUUAUCGGAGACUGCAGAGUUUGCCAGAAGAUGGGUCCCGUUUGCCAAAAAGUAUAGCAUUGAGCCUAGGGCGCCGGAGUUUUAUUUCUCAGAGAAGAUUGAUUACUUGAAGGAUAAAGUGCAGCCUACCUUCGUUAAGGAUCGUAGAGCCAUGAAACGAGAAUACGAGGAGUUUAAGGUGCGAAUCAAUGCACUGGUCGCAAAAGCUUUGAAAAAACCAGAAGAAGGCUGGGUGAUGCAAGACGGAACGCCAUGGCCUGGGAAUGAUAGUCGUGAUCAUCCCGGGAUGAUUCAGGUUUAUCUCGGAAACGGAGGUGCGCUUGAUGUCGAAGGGAAAGAGUUGCCGAAAUUGGUUUACGUUUCUCGUGAAAAGCGACCUGGUUAUAAUCAUCACAAGAAGGCCGGAGCCAUGAAUGCCCUCAUUCGAGUUUCUGCUGUGCUUACAAAUGCGCCGUUCAUGCUGAAUCUGGAUUGUGAUCACUACAUCAACAACAGCAAAGCUGUAAGGGAAGCAAUGUGCUUCUUAAUGGAUCCACAGCUCGGAAAGAAGCUCUGUUACGUCCAAUUCCCGCAACGAUUUGACGGAAUUGAUCGCCACGAUCGAUACGCCAAUCGCAACGUCGUCUUCUUCGAUAUCAACAUGAGAGGACUUGACGGAAUACAAGGCCCAGUCUAUGUCGGUACAGGAUGUGUAUUCAACCGCCAGGCAUUAUACGGGUACGACCCUCCGGUGUCGGAAAAGCGACAGAAGAUGACCUGCGAUUGCUGGCCUUCGUGGUGCUGCUGCUGUUGCGGUGGUUCGAGGAAGAAGUCAAAGGAUAAAUCAUCAAAAAAGAAAGGGCUGAAAGCUUUAUUUGGGUUGGGAAAACUUCGUGGCAAGAAGAAGUAUUCGAAGAAAUCGUUGGCACCCGUUUAUGAUCUUGAGGGUAUCGAAGAAGGGCUUGAGGGUUACGACGAGUUGGAGAAAUCGUCGUUAAUGUCACAGAAGAAUUUCGAGAAACGAUUUGGGCAAUCUCCAGUUUUCAUCACUACAACUCUAAUGGAAACCGGAGGAAUUCCUGAAGGAACUAACAGCAAUUCUCUGAUCAAAGAAGCUAUCCAUGUCAUUAGCUGUGGAUAUGAAGAGAAGACUGAAUGGGGCAAAGAGAUCGGAUGGAUUUACGGAUCGGUGACGGAAGAUAUCUUGACGGGAUUCAAGAUGCAUUGUAGAGGAUGGAAAUCGGUGUAUUGUAUGCCGAAGAGGCCGGCGUUCAAGGGGUCUGCGCCGAUCAAUUUGUCUGAUCGGUUGCACCAGGUGCUCCGGUGGGCUCUUGGUUCGGUUGAGAUCUUCUUGAGUCGGCAUUGCCCGCUGUGGUACGCCUGGGCGGGGAAGCUGAAAACGCUGGAAAGGCUUGCUUACAUUAACACCAUCGUUUACCCCUUCACUUCCAUCCCACUGCUUGCAUAUUGUACGCUUCCUGCCGUCUGUCUUCUCACCGGAAAGUUCAUCAUCCCCACGCUCAACAAUCUUGCAAGUGUAUGGUUUCUUGCCCUUUUUCUUUCGAUCAUAGUGACGGGUGUACUCGAACUCCGGUGGAGUCAUGUUAGCAUCCAGGAUUGGUGGAGGAACGAACAGUUUUGGGUGAUCGGUGGUGUCUCUGCACAUCUUUUCGCCGUUUUCCAAGGCCUCCUCAAGGUUCUUGGUGGAGUUGAUACCAAUUUUACAGUCACAUCAAAAUCAGCCGAUGAUGCUGAGUUUGGGGAGUUGUACUUAUUCAAAUGGACGACACUUCUGAUACCACCAACGACUCUAAUCAUCAUGAAUAUGGUCGGAGUUGUGGCUGGAGUAUCAGAUGCAAUCAACAACGGGUAUGGAUCAUGGGGCCCGUUGUUUGGGAAACUGUUUUUCUCGUUUUGGGUUAUUGUCCAUCUAUAUCCUUUCCUAAAGGGUUUGAUGGGAAGGCAAAACCGGACUCCAACCAUUGUCGUUUUAUGGUCGAUUCUUCUGGCUUCGAUCUUCUCCUUGGUUUGGGUUCGGAUCGACCCGUUUUUGCCCAAACAAACGGGUCCAAUUCUUAAACAAUGUGGAGUUGAAUGCUAG